AUGGUGAUGAACCCAUUAACCGCAACUCUACUGGCCGCCCUUAUUGGCACUGCUGCUUCUGCAUCGUGCGGUUCAUCUGGAAUUCCAUUCAGAUUUGAAGUUCUCCCAUCGGGACAACCGGUACUUGGAUGUGGAUCUCCAACUUGUUUCGGCUCUGAAAAUGGUGGAAAAGAUUUGAGACAUGAUUCUAAUUUUAUGGCCGGUCCAGAUGGAGAUGAUGGUUUCUUCCGUGAGGGAGAUCUUGCACGUGUUCGUGUUCGCCAUUCAGAUGCUCCUGCUCAGAUGGCUAACUGCCCAAGAGAAUUCUCUUCCUCUACUUGCUCAAACCCAAUGACAUGGGUUGGAGGAUUCAAGGCUAGCGAGAAUGGAGAUCUUUCACUUCAAUGCUGUCAUUACGAAGGACUUCGUUUUGCUCAAGAAGUCGGACGUCCAGUUGUUCAUCCAGGAGAGGUUUAUUCCGGAGGAGAAGUUCUUCGUGAUGGACGUCAAACUGGAUUCGAUGCUAUUUCAAAUGUUAAGAAGAUCACUUCUGGGGACGGAACUGUUGCCUAUGAACUUACCGUAACCCGUAUGAACUGCCUCCCAAAUCCAGCUGAAGACACCAAUGAAGUCUCAUUCGAUAUUCAGAGAGACAUUGGAAGAAUUCUUGAGAAAGUCGGAGAAACUGCUGCCAGCGGAGUUCAAACCAACCAAAUUGAAGCUGACCAACGUCUUUCUCCAUCCACUGAUGUCCAAUCUGAUUCCUAUAAAUCUGAUUCCUAUGUAGCACCACCUGAGUCUGACCAACAAGAGACCGUUGAGCAAUUCGUUCAAGUGGGAGAGCAAGUUGUUCCAGUUACUUCUGCCGGGUACUAUUACCCUGUUGCUUCUGGAGUGCCAGCUUGUUUCACCGGAGAUGCUAAGGUUAUGACACCCUCCGGAGAGAAGACCAUGAGUGAAUUGCGUGUGGGAGAUAUUGUUCAGACUUAUGAACACGGAAAGAUGGCAUACACCAGAGUUGCUUCAUGGCUCCACAGACUUCCAGAAACUAAAGCAGCUUUCAUCAAACUGACUACAGAUAAUGGACCAGAGGUCUCCAUGACUCCACAACAUUUCAUUUACAAGGCUGAUUGCGUGACCGAGGUUUAUGAUCUUGUCUAUGCUGAAGAUGUCAAUGUGGGAGAUUGUGUGAUGGUCAAAAAGAAUAAUGAUAAAUUGGUCUUGACAACCGUCGUUAACAAAUCUACAUUCUACGAAACUGGAGUUUACGCUCCAAUGACGGAAACUGGAGAUUUGAUCGUCAAUGACAUCUACGCAUCUUGCCACAAUGUUAUCAAGACCAACACUUUGUCUCAUACAUUCCUCAACUUAGCCACUAUGAUGCAACAAAAGAUCCGGUCACUUAUGGGAUUGUUUGAAGAGACCGGACACCUUCCAGUCACUUCCGAAUUUUUCCUCAGUAUCAUCGAUGUGCUUCUGCCACAUAAGUACUAG